UUGCCUGUGAUAUGGCAAUUAUCAGUGGUGAAAGGCCAAACCACGUCUGGUUCAUGAGUUCUUCUGCUAGUGCCCUAAAGUUUCUUGGUAUAAAAAAGGGCAAGAAAAGAACUACUUCUGAUAAUAAAAUUUCAGAUGCAUUAACAAUACUUUCAUAUAUACCGAAUAGUUCUUUUAGUUCUCUAAAAAAGAAAAAAUCUACUGAAGCCAAUCGCGCUUUUUUGAUGGCUAUUGCUCAUCGAAUGGAUGAUGUUGCGUUGGCAAUGUAUGAACGGGGUAUUCCAGGCGAUGUAAAUUCACCAAUUUUUGUAAAAAAUACAAAGAAUUCUGAUCGUGGUGGGAUUUCUGGCUUGAAAUUUCCAAGUUAUUUUAUUCUAGCUGUUGCUCUUGGAUUAAAUGAACUUGUAAAAGCAAUG